UUAUUUCGACUUGCACAUCGAAACACUACAAUGGGUGGAUAAAGAUACUCUUAGCCAACUAUUUGUUUUUGUAAUUGCUUGUAAUUGCUGUACAGUGUAAUUUGACACAACCGAUAUCUCGUGCUUGUGCGCAUCUCAACUCAAUAACGUUACCCCUGUCAUAGUCGAACUUUCCCUUAUCAUGCGAAUAUCUAAUUUUAAUUCACCAAAUCUGCCACUUCCAGUAUCACGUGUGUUUUGUAUGCCUAUCUCGUGCAAUGUUAUAUUGCGGUGUAUGUUUUCUUGAUGUUUGUCAUUCAUGCCGACGUUCGAAAUUAGUCAGCUACUAAGAUGAGUGGUUGUGUAUGUGAUCGACGGCUGAUUUGACCCACAUACUGCAAUCCAUUUGUUUUAUACUAUGGAACGUGCCUUUUAUUAUUUCUAACAAAUUGCACUCACAUGAGUAAUAUGAGAAGACCGAGACGUGGUGUCGUCUGAUUGGCCAUACUAAAGUUUCCUUCCAAUGAGUUUGUGGGACAUGUAGUCUUCUCUUCCGUGAGUAAUAAUUGUUUUAAAUGUCCUUGAAUCGAAGUAAAGACUACAAACGUCAGGUAUAGAGGCGGGACUAAGUUUGACAGCUGCAGACACAUCUUGUUUGGAGGCGAGGCCUGGUCAGGAGAAUUAUGCACGAGGAAAAUAAGUGGUCUGAAAUGACAGCUCAUCCCCAGGUUAGGUCAGUCUUCCCAUCAACUCUGGCAAACUCUCACCUGUCUGUUGAAGUAGCAGUCCCUAAGGCUGGUCUUAUUUUUGUAAUUUAAAACUAUUGUUAAAGAUAGCAGCUCCUCAGAGAAAUAGGCAAAUUAAACUAUAUUUUUAAUUAACAACAACCAGGGAAACCACUCAAUGGUUUUGAAUUCACCAGCAUGCUCAGAGGACUUUGUUACUUAUGGAUGGCUUCACUACUUCCCAUCACAUUCUCUGGACAGCUACACUCAGAGUUGACAGGCGUCUUGGAUGACUGCUUCUGUGACAUCGAGAGCAUCGAUGUCUUCAACAACUUCAAGAUCUACCCCCGCAUUCAGAAGCUGACCGAGAGAGACUACUUCAGGUACUACAGGGUCAACCUGAAUAGGCCCUGUCCCUUCUGGGCCGAUGAUGGCCACUGCUCCAUCAAGGACUGCCAAGUGGAGCCCUGUCCAGAGAGCAAGAUUCCAGUGGGAAUUAAGUCUGGAAACUACAAUAGGUACUCCCAGGUGACCAACGCCAACACAGACAUAGUAGAUUGUGAACAAGCCCAAGACCUGGGGGCCAUUAACAGCACCCUGAGUAACUAUCGCAAAGAAGCCUUUGAGGACUGGGCCCGGCACGAUGACGCACAGGACCACUUCUGUGAGCUAGAUGAUGAGACGUCACCAGAUGCAGACUAUGUGGACCUGCUCCUAAACCCAGAGCGCUACACUGGCUACAAGGGCCCCUCAGCCUGGAGAGUGUGGAACAGCAUCUACGAGGAAAACUGCUUCAAGCCCAGAUCAGUGUACCGGCCCCUUAACCCACUGGUUCCGCCCAGAGGAGGAGAUGAUGACGGCGAAGGUUUCUACAACUGGCUGGAAGGUCUGUGUUUGGAGAAGAGGGUGUUCUACCGGCUCAUCUCUGGUCUCCACAGCAGCAUCAACAUCCACCUGUGUGCAGAGUACCUAUUGGACGAGGGCUGGGGCAAGUCCCUAUGGGGCCCCAAUGUGCAGGAGUUCCGCCAGCGCUUCGACCCGGCAGAGACCAAGGGCGAGGGUACGCGGCGCCUCAAGAACCUCUACUUUCUCUACCUGAUCGAGCUACGCGCCCUCUCCAAGGUGGCGCCCUACUUUGAUCGAGCCUUCGUCAACCUGUACACGGGUGACCGUCAAGAGGACCGAGCUACCAAAGAGUUACUGCUGCAGUUCUUCAACGAGACCAAAGCUUUCCCAAUGCACUUUGACGAGAAGUCCAUGUUUGCUGGGCAGAAGAUCGAAGCAAAAACGUUGAAGGAGGAAUUCCGGCUACAUUUUAAAAACAUCUCCCGGAUCAUGGACUGUGUGGGCUGCAGUAAAUGUCGACUGUGGGGGAAGCUACAGACCCAAGGGCUGGGCACAGCGUUGAAGAUCCUUUUCUCUGAGAAGGAGAUCAAGAACCUACCGGAACACAGCCCCUCUAAGGGCUUCCAGCUGACACGCCAGGAGAUAGUGGCCUUGCUCAACGGCUUUGGGAGGCUCUCCACAAGCAUCCACCAGCUCCAUAGUUUCCGUGCCUUGCUGAAGGAGAAGAGGUAACACCCUUCAACAGCACUACCACCUCCUAGCCACUAGGUGGAGCAAGCCCAGAGGGAACUGCAAUAGUCUUAUUCCUCCCCAGAAUAAGAUCAAGUUCAGGGACUUCAGGAUAGACACUGAACACCCAUCCACUCCUCCCUCUGUAUAACUCUCCUUCUCUCCCCUUCCUUCUAAAUCUAGGUCUCGUCUUUCCAUAGAGCAUAGCGCUCAAUGUGAGCGCUAUGCUCAUUGUUUUUAAAUGUUUGUUUUUACUAUUGUGGGUGAAAGUGUUCACCAUUUCAGGCAUACUAGUUGUGAGCUAGACCCAUCAGUGUGUGUGUUUUUAGUGUGUGUUUGUGAGAGGGAGUACUUGUUUGUUGGUGAUCGCCAGUCGCAGCUAAAUGAUACCGAAAAUUAGGAUUCAUUCCAUACUUUUACGACCACAAACUUGAUAAGCAUACUGCGUUUUGCUAUCCUAGAGGUGUAACCUUUUCCCCCUGUGUGAGUGAGUGCAUGUAUUGAUUGAACGUCUAUGUGAGCAACUGUGUCUGCUGUUGCUUUUGUCUGUGCAUUUAGCUGUUUAGGGGUGUUAACGUCUCCACGUGGCAAUCCAGUCUUUCUGCACAUCACAAAUGUAUUAUAUAAAGCCUUGUUUAAGUGUGAAAAAGGAACAAUUUGCGGAUUGUGCAUCUGUUGACAACGAUAAACUUGCGUCACUUCUCUCAUACCUAUUCUAUUUGGUGGCAGAACGGUUCCUGGUGUUUUUAUUCUUAUCCUAUUAUUUUAUUGGUUUUAUGAAAGACAAGGCUUGCCAGGGUGACGGCAAUCCCAAAUGUGUAAGAGGUGUUUAUGGCAAUUUAAAAGCGAAACCAGUAUUUGUUUCAUAGUUCACUUAAAUAAGCUGUCAUCCUGUGAAACUGCCAUGUUGGAGAAGACUACUGUUAAAGUAUAAUGGAGAAUGCAGCCAAUGGUGUGAAAAGAAGCAAAUCGAAACGAGCGGUGGGAUUUAUUCUCCCAUGAUGGUCAAGUUCACUGUGGUGUCUUGGUGAGCUUGCCGUGUAAAUCAAUUCAAAAUGCAUACGCAUAAUGGCAUUUAACGUCGCGCAACCUUUUUAAACCGUCAUACCCUUUAGGGCUGGGACGAUACCAGUAUCGUGAUACUCGUUAGUAUCGUGGCGAGGAAACAAAACACAAAGCGGAAUUAACUUCUUUAGGAAAACAGCCCUAAUGUGUUCCACACACUAUACGUGUUUUAUUUCUGUCUGAAGUAGGUAUUUCACCAUGUGGACCAAAGAUUUUACGUUGCCUUUUUUUCUUUAUGUCAAAGCACCUUUGAGUUUUUCCACCAUAUACAUUUUUAGUUUGUGCAUCCUCGUCCCCUUGAGUAACAUUAGUUAGAAAAUGUCACAAGCAAAGAUUGCCUUAUGUGCAAAGAUCAAACAAUCGGUAGCCAGACAAUACCUGUGUAAUACUUUGUAACACAUGUUUUGUAAAAGAAAGAUCUCUAUUCAAUCAAACAAAGGUGGACAUGGGGUCCAGUAAGUAGGAAUUGAGUCAGUGGUAGCUGUUGGAUGCUUAUGCUAACAUAAACAGCAAAGCUAAUGUCGCCUUGGAUGUGAACGCUAUGGAGAUUGAACAAGCUGUUCCUUCUUAGCUUAAAAUGAAGGAAAUAGACAAGAUAAAAUAUUAUCUUUGAGGAAAAGCGUGCGUGUCUGUCUGAGCCUUGCAUGCUUUCAAAAACACCAGAACGUCCUGUGCAAUCCACUUGUCUGCCUUAAGUUCCAAAAAAGUGUUUAAAAAAAGCUUGAGCCUGUUUUCUUGGAUGAAAUCCAUAAUUUUGUCUCCAAUGAUCUCUACGCUCUUCUGCUAGCUCUGCCUUUGUAACAUAUUCAGAUGACCCAGGAAGUUGUACUAUUUGUAAAAGGAAAAUUACUGAACUUUUUUUCAAAUCUAUAUGAAUAUAUAUAUAUAUAGUUGCACCUGUAUUGAUGUGUAUUCUUAUUUGAUUAUAUUUAUUUGAACAGAGGAAUAAAAAUGUCUGGUUGUCACUCAAA